AUGGCUGGUUUGUUCGACAAACAGGCCGAGAUUUAUUCGGAUUCAAGGCCAACCUAUCCAAGCGAAUGGUUUUCGAAGCUGGCUGCUCUGACCUCUCAACACUCUUUAGCUUGGGAUGCUGGCACUGGCAGCGGCCAAGCUGCUCUUGCUGUUGCUGAGUAUUUUAAGCAAGUAAUUGGAACAGACAUAAGUGAAGCUCAACUAAAACAUGCAACGCAACAUCCUCGAGUCAAAUACAUCCACACCCCCUUAUCCCUCUCUGACGAUGAAUUAGUGACUCUAAUAGGUGGUGAAAAUUCAGUUGAUUUGGUGACUGUGGCUGAAGCUGUGCACUGGUUUGAACUCCCAAAAUUUUACUCCAUUGUUACACGGCUUCUACGUAAGCCAGGAGGAGUAAUUGCCAUAUGGGGCUACAAUGACAUGGAAGUAAGCCCAACAUUUGAUCCUGUGAUGAAAAGAGUCCGUGAAACAACCCUCCCCUUUUAUGACCCAAAGGCACAAUGCUUUCUUGAUGGUUAUAGGACACUUCCAUUUCCUUUUGAGAGUGUAGGUUUAGGUUCUGAGGGAGAACCAUUGCAACUCGACAUUCAAAGAGUGAUGUCCUUUGAAGAAAUGGUGAGGGGCUUAAGGUCAUCUUCGGCAGUCACUAAAGCCAAGGACCAAGGGGUGGAUUUAUUACCUGAAGAAGUGAUUAAGGAGCUUGAGAGUGCUUGGGGUGGUCCUAAUGUGAUAAAAACUGUGACCAUCAAGGCCUUUAUGCUUGCAGGAAAAGUAAAGGUAUAAAUAUUUUCAAGCAAUUCAUGUUUGUGAACUAAAUGUAUGAUCUUUUUUGUUUCUU